CCAUCCCGCUCGCUGUGAUUUUUCGAAUCCCCCGACUUAAAACAACAGCCAGUUUUCUCCCCAUCUCUUCCUCUACUCUCUGCUAUUUCAUUUUUUUUUUCAAAUGACGGAACUGGAGGAUCCGCUGCAGGGAUACAGCGGAUUGUCUCUCUUCCGAAGAACAUUAGGCUCUCUUCCUAAGCCUACUAAUGAUCCCGAUGAUCUUCUCUCCGCCCACAAUCUCCUCAAAUCCCUGCCGGUCAAAAAUCCGGAUAAACUUAUAGAGCAGGCGAGAAGUAUUUUAGAUGCUACUCCAGAACCUACCAAUGCCGACUUGCCAAAUGGGGUAAUGCCUGAAGAUAAAAGUGAAGUUGUUGCUCAGAAGGAUGCAGAAAGUCCCCGGGCACGAAGGCCAGGUUUAGGGCGCAAGCGUGCUCGGUUUUCCUUGUUUCCCAAUGCAAGUCAACCUACUGUGAAUUUGGAACCAACUUUGGAUAUUGAUAGCCUGAAAGACCCAGAGCAAUUUUUCUUGGCUUUUGAAAGGCUUGAAGAUGCUAAAAAAGAAAUGGCAAAGCAGACAGGUCGUGUUUCAAUUGGUUCGAAUCAAUCCAGAGCAUCAAUGGCUCCACGCCAUCGUCGACCUGGAAUGCCUGGGAGAUCUAGGACAGCUAAAUAUCAACACCUUUAUCCAACCAUGUCCUCCCAGGAAACCUUUAUGGAGAAGAUUCUUAGUCCAGCUAAUCCUGGAUCACAACAAGAAACAUUCAGUCCAGAUGUUGCAUCACAACUAAGGGAAUCAACAAAUCUUGUCCCAGAAGAAUCAGGACUAGCUGGUGAGUGGCUUCUUGUCGAGGAACAAGGUUCAAUGGCCAAGGCUGAGAAAAGGGUUGAUAAACUUCUAGAUGAGUUGCUUUCUCGUGAUUAUGAAGAGCUUGAUGGGGAUGGAGCAGUCACUUUGUUACGGGACUGCUUGCAGGUCAAGGCACUUGACCUAGAGAAGUUGAGCCUCCCUGAAUUGCUGAAUGUGCAAAAGACCAGUUUGAAUGCUUUGGGGGGGAAUUUGCCAAAGCCUAGGAAUGUAUUAUCAGACAUACAUAAUUUACCGAGAAGGACUAUAACUCCUAUGAGGCAGCAAAUUGCAGGAAAUUCUUCUUGUAGUUUUGGUUCGCCCACUCCACCAAAAAGUCCAUUGGCUUCGCUAGCGUUAUUGAGGAAACGCAUACUGCAGUCAAAUCCACCAACUGAUCCAUUUUCAGUUUUUGAUGUUGAUCAGUCACCAGAAACAAAUGCUUCUUCACUUAAAAACAUCAACAAUUCCUCUGAUCCAGUUGACAUUGAAAAUGACUUGAGCCUGCUGAAAUCUCUAAUAAUUGAAGAAGAUGACACUACAGCUGGUAAUACUAGUCCAGUUCACGUGGCUAUUGGAGAUUCUGGAACUGAAACAGAUAAAUCUCUAAAUGACAACUUGACUAGUCCUGGUUCUGGUAGUGAUGGUUGUCCUAGCAGGUCUAGUGCUGAGGUUAAGAAUAGAGAUGUUGGUGCAGAUAAUGUCAUCAUAGAUGAGAAUUCAAGUCAGCUUGGUGGUGAUAUGGAUAUUCAAACAAAAGGGCCAAAUGCAGUGGAGGACAUGGUGGAGGAUAUGCAGCAUAAAACAGUAGAUAAAUCUCUGAAUGACAAUUUGAUUAGUCUUGGUCCUAGUAAUGAUGUUUGUUGUAGCAAAUCUAGUGCUGAGGUGGAGAGUGGCAGCCCUGGUGUGGAUAAUGGGGUAAUAGAUGAUAAUUUAAGUCAGAUUGGUGGUGAUGUGGAUAUUCAAACAAACAGGCCAAAUGAACUGGAGGACAUGGUGGAAGAUAUUCAGCAGAAAGCUGUGGAUUCUACCCAGCCUGAUGACACAGCCAUGGAGUUUUUGAACAACGCACAGGAUCAGUUUGAACAAUUAAGUCCUGCAGUUGUUGAAGACCAUGCAAUGGAUGGUUGCCCCGAAACCCAAGACAGUGGCCUAGAACAAACCAAAGACAAUUGUCCAGAGCAUCAGGAUGAGACAGUUGAGGAACCUCCUGUGGUAUCACUAAAUAAACAAGCCAAAGCAAAAUCUCAUACAGCCAAAGGACGCAAGAAUGGAUCACUCUCUAAGAGGCAUAGCCUUGCAGCUUCUGGUACAUCAUGGGAAACAGGACUGAGGCGAAGCACCAGGAUUAGAUCAAGACCUUUGGAGUAUUGGAAAGGGGAAAGGUUUUUAUAUGGCCGCAUUCAUGGGAGUUUGGCUACUGUAAUAGGGAUAAAGUACGAGUCUCCAGGAAAUGAUAAAGGAAAACGUGCUCUGAAGGUGAAGUCUUAUGUCUCUGAUGAAUACAAGGAUUUGGUUGAACUAGCUGCUCUGCAUUGAGAUAGUAUGAUCAGGUAUUAUGGCCUGUAAGGAUAACUUUUAUAGGAAAAAUCAUAGGCAAGGCCAUGCUUCUAUGAAAUUUGUCUGCGCAGUCAUUGGUUCUGUUUCAUCAAUUCCUAAUUACUCUGCUAAUAUACUUCCCAAUUACAUGGCUAGCAUGGAUGUUCAUGAUGUGGGUGUUGAAGGAUAUCGUACACAUCUUGUGUAAUUUUUGUUUUUAUUAGUGAAUCUUAUUUUCUAUAUAGAGCUGCACAAUGUAGUACUAGGCAUUAACUUUGAUGAUAUGGAGUCCACAGGAUUAUAUCAUGUUCAAUUUUGAA